UACACAUAUUUUUCACUUGGUGAAUUCGACACAGCUAAAUGUUCAAUAAUCGGAGGCACGGUGGAUUCAUUUUUUAUGCUUUUUAUUUUUUUCUUGUUGGAAAUACCAGUUAUUCACUGAAUGAAAUUUCUAAUGGUGUAAUGGAAAAAUACACUAUUUAGUGAGCUUCCUCUGAACAAGUGGGUUUAGGGAAGACUGGAUUUAAAUGUCACACCAGCCUUGUCAUCAUAAACAGGAAGUUUAAAGAGGCUCAGCAACAUGAUCCCAAUAGCAACAAACUGUUUAAAAGGAUUGGGGGAAAAUACUUUUAUUUUUUUAACUGUAUGAAUUAAUAAGGGCUUAUCUCUAAUAAUUGAAAUUUUUAAGUUAUUAUAACUAUUAUGGCAUUUUUUUUCAAUAAAAUUUCACAUAGUAAUCCUCAAAAACCAUUAAGCAUCUGACAGUAUGCAUGACUAUUAUGGUUUAAGAUUAGUUUAAGAAAUGUACAUUGCCUUACCACAAAUCUACAUUUGUUUCAUAACACCAGCUCCAAUAUUUUUUUUAAAAUAAGAAGCUUUCAAAAAUGUGAGCACCAUGUAGAAUAAUGUACUUUUAAUAACUUGCAAACAAUAUUUACUGAAUUGCAAGAAAGUAGUUUCUAUUUUAAAACUAAUCAACAUAACCAUUUAAUAUAGCAAAUAGUAUUUUAUCAGCUGCACAAAAAUAAGCUUGCUUCUUACUGAUACUGAAGUAGAGACCUAUCUUUUAUAUACUUAUGAAAAGUUUUUCAUAUUUUUGUAUUUUGCUGUUAUGAGGAGUAAAAUAUUUGGUAGAUGGGAAAAACUUUUUAGUAAACAACAAAGGAAGACACUUUGAUCUCGGGCUUAUGGAGAUGCACUUCACAAACCAUUAUAAUAGGUUGGACGGACACAGCAGACACAAAAAUAAACUUAUUGAAAAUAAAUAGACAGUUGUCCUACUAUUUAACAAUUUAAAAUUAGCUGUGGGCCUUAUUGUAAUUUAUUAGACAGUGAAAUAUGUGAAUUAUUCACAUAUGGAAAUUUAGGCCAUUACAGUAUCAAUGACUUUUUAAAACAGAUAUUGUUUUGUUGCAUUUUUAAAUUGCUUUUUUUUAAAGUUGUCAUUAUUUGCUCAGAAGAAUGUAAUGUAUUGAUGAAAGUUUUAUUGAAAGUUUAUUUAAAUCAAUUAUGCUUACUGACAGUUGCAGAUAUGCAGAACUUGAAAAGAUUCCCUUACUUAAAUGUAAAUUUUUUACAAUGAGAGACCACAAUAAAAACAAAACUAAUAUGCAUGUACAACACAUUUUCCCCUUUUGACAUAACUACAAAUUUAUAUCCCUCAUACAUAAAUUUCCAGUAGCUUUAAGUCUAAGUAUACAUUUUUUAAUGCAUACAAAGUUGUUAAAUAAAAGGAAACCCAACUCUCUGCAGUCGACCCAACAGGAAGUGAAAUGGUUCCUGGACAGAUAUAUUCUAACUUUCUUUCAGCAAGUUCUGAUUUUGAAUCAUUGUUUUAGAUAUCAAAGUUGUAAGAAUGUAAAUGUAAUAUUUGGUUUAGAAAUGUAUCUAAUGAACCAGCCAUCUUACAAAAUGUACUACUUUUCUUGUGCGUUUGUACCUUUACAUUUUCAAAAUAAAAUAUUUAAAUGUCAAGGAUAUUUUUUUUAACACCCUACAUGGAUGUGAUUAUCAUCUUUUAUAAUAUACUGUUUAUACUGCUCAACCAAGUUCCAUUUAUUUUCAAGAUAAAGUUCCUUCUGCUUUUGUUACGCAACAUCUCCAAAAAUGGCCAGUUCAAUGCAAGUUCGUCUUUGAAACUAAAUUAUUUUUGUUUUCUUUUUCAACUUUUAUUUUUUUGUGUGCUUCUCUUAAAAGAAACAUUGUCAGGGCUGAAAUUUUAGAGCAUUGUUCUUUGAAAGUUACGUUAUUUAAAUAUAGAUAGGAUACACAAUCACAACAGUAGGGGUUCCCAUUUAUGGCAUUAAUCACAAAUGCAUUAUGAAUUACCAAAGUUGAUUACCUCUAUACAGAAAUAUAAAAUUGGUGCCAAAUAAUUCUUGGAAUUAAACAAUAAGUUAUAUGAUAUCAUAUCAGAAUAAUUUCAUGUGAAAUAGAAAUAAGGGUUAAUAUUUCUUCGUUUUUUUUAUUCUGCUUGUGCCUUAUUGCUCAGAUUAUAUUAACAUAAAAUUAUUUAAAAUAGCACUCACAGAUUUUGCUAUUUGAUCAUUGGCUAAGGGUUCAAGCGUUGAAUUAGACAAAGGUCCUUCAGGACAAUUUAUGCAACAUUCCAAAUUUUAAGCACAUUAAAGCUAAAAGAUGGGAAAAUUGCUAUGCGUACAGGAUCAUAUUUAAGACUAAUUAUAGCUAGGGUAAAAUAUUAAAUUCAAUGUAGCUGGUUCAUUGACAAUAUUUUUUUAAGACAUAUAGUUUAAAUCUAACAUUAAAGUGAAAAGUUUAUUUCCUUUCAUAAUUCUACAAUUUCUUUAACAUUAAUCUUCAUAAUUUAAUCACACAAAAUUAUAUUUAAUUACAGAUAGGCCAAAAGCCUAAGUGUAAACAAUUAUAAAGGUAAAUAGAAUUAAAAUAACAAGACAUUUUGCCCAGAAGUAAAUUUGUUAGAUAAGCCUGGUGAUACUGAAAACUUACUUAACUACUGAAACUGUUCUCACAGUCACAGGUUUGCACAGAUGAGCCUGUCGGUAAAUUACCAAUUAAUUGGCCUCCCUAUAUAGUGAACUGAAUAUUCUCAUUAACCAUUCAUAUGUUCAAGAGCUUUUUCUUUGAUAUUAAAUGUAGUUAAUAAGUAGGCAAUUUAUUAAAAAUCACACAUUUUGAUUUCACAAUUAGUCACUAAAUCAGACAACUGGAGGUACUAUUCAGUGUAAUUUAUGGCAGAUGAGCGUAAGGCAGGUGAAGAAACAGAGUGUCAGAAGUUUGCACUCACUCGUAUUAAAAUAUGUAAGCUUUGUCCUUACUCUAAUAAUAAGUCUAAAAGUUUAAACAGGUAUAGAGUACUAGUUAGCUACAAGGAAUGAAAUUAUAAUUAACUUAAUAAUACAUAAAUCUAGUAAGUACAAUACGUGCAAACAGAAACAGUACGGAAACUCUUGUAUCUUGAACGUGCAUGUGCCUUUGUCAAUGGUGCAUAGCUCCAGCAGCCACAUUUCCCGGAGGUGUCAAAUUUUUUAUAAUGAGAAUCAUACCCAUUUCUCCUGAAGGUGCUGGGUUCGACCCAGUAAAAUCUACUAGGAACAUCUUUCAAACUUAAAAUAGCUGACUAUAUAUAGGCAUAGGCGUCAUAGGUCCAUUUUAAGACCACAUUGUCCACAUACUGUAUACAGGUUGGAUAACGGUUGACAGAGCCAGAUGUGUGAGUGUGAGCCAGGAUGAUUUAUUGUGGAUCCAGUUUUCAUUCUCUGAAGAAAGUUACAUUAACAUACUAGGCAAUCAGAUUUCCCCUUCUGUUGACAGUAUGGAGUAUGGUUCCAUAACCUGUGUGUGUUACUAAUUACUUUUGCCAUCUUUUUUCCAUCUUUUUUUGUAAUAAAUCUCAAUGAAUGGGCAUUAUUUUUUCCACAUUUUGUCAAACAGGGUCACCAUGAACAUGACAUUUACAUUCAAAACAUAUGAGUAAAAAUAUUGCUCAUCUAUGAUAUGCAGCCUACUUAUGGACCAUGGAGUUCAAUAUCAUGGAGAGACCAAUUAAUUAGGCCUAGACCUUUUACAUUAGACAUUAGGCAUAAAUUUAAAUGGAUGUGGUCUAUAAUGGUCAUUUAGCAGCUGGAAUUAACUGUGGACAAACGCAAACACGCGUUUGGGGACUCGAAAUCAGUAAUGCUAAUUUUGGCACAUGCUGUACUAAUAAUUAUUAAUUAAUAAUCCAUAAGGAAGUUGUAGUUAUAUUUAUUUUAAUAUUUAGUUGGUAUGCAUAACCGUGAGAACGCCGAACGCAGGACUACUUACUCUGCAUCUUUAAGAAUGAUGCCAAAAUUGGCUAUGUUUCUCAAAACUGUCUUAUUCUUUUUAAAUCAGGUUUCCAUGCAUGACAUUUUUCAGAAAAAUAUAAUCCGUUUGCUCUAUGAUAUAGACGAUACAACUUUCUUAAAUUGGUAAAAUAAACAAAAUUCAGUUCUGAUAAAUGAUCAAACUAUUUCCGUCCUGAUAAGGGGGUCAGCCUUUUUACCGAGACAUAACUGAAAUGAAACAUGGGUGCAUUAUUUUAUGCCAAAAACAUUCUCAAAAGGCAAAAAUUACAAGUCUAGUGUCACAUUCUUAAACAGAAAUAACAUAAUAAUAUUAUUUCAAGCUAAAUUCUUUGAAAUUAAAAUUUAAACACAUUCUAUUGCUAAAUAUGGAUCGAAAAAAUCAUACAUAAUAUACAAUUUAUGUUAAAUAUGAAUGUAUGAAAUUAACUUCCUGAUAAAGACAAGACCUAAAAUAUGAGUGCGCUAAUAAAUAAAGGUAAUUUAACUAAUUAGCCGUCUUUGAAAGUCUAGAGCUUUUCAUUCGGUCAUUUCAACACGGAUUAGGAUUGCUUAAUUAAUGAAUUACUACUAUUAUUCAUGAUAGUAGGCUACUUAAAAAUAUGUUGGGUACUUGUCUGUUCACUAUUAUAAUUAUAUAAAUAAAUAAAAAUAAUUAAAUACUUCAACAGAUAUAAAACUCGCUCUAAACAAGGUUUAUAAUCACAUGAAUUAGGCAUUAGGGCAGUGGUUUUCAACCUUUCUAAUGCCGCGACCCUUUAAUACAGUUUCUCAUGUUGUGGUGACCCAGCAAAUAUAAAAUAUUUGUAGUUCGACCCCUAAAGGAGUCACGACCUACAGGUUGAGAACGCUGCAUUGGGGAUAGCUAGGGUUUGACAAUAUUCUAAGAUGCUGAGGAAGUAUAAAUAUAGUUAGGUUAUAUAGAUAUUUAAGCUAUAACUAAAAUUUAUUAAAAUUUAUUUCUUUAUCCCCCCCCAACUUUUGUUUUUAAAGUUAGGACCUAAAAAAGUUAGUAUGCUCUGAGUUCAUAAUGUAUUUUAUUAUUUUUACCAGAUAAAAUAUACAAAUCAUAACUAUAUAUUAAUAUAUGCUACAAAAUAUUUUAUCUCGGUGUUUAAUCAGAUUUUGGCAGAGAUACCUAAUUGCCGAGGUUCUAAAAUUAUAUUGCCAGCUACAUUGGAGAUUUUAAAAAGAAAUGUGAGAUACAAUGAAUGGUUAAUCUAAUUUAUUUUCACUUGGCUUUUUAAUUUUAAGCUAUUUCAAUGUCUUAACACCGUCGUUGUUGAGUUGGUAUUUCCAGUAAAGUUGAGGCUUAAACUUAGGCCCUUACGCCAAGUAAAGACCAGCUAAUGCCGGGGCAAGUUGAAGACGCAUAUUAUUAAAUACCGGUAUUACUAAACUAAAUACAUAUUGAGUGAAUUUUGAGUAUAUUAUAUUUUGAGGAGCCACGAAUUAAUCCUUCUGGCUCUUAUUAAUUGAUUGCAGACAUUCACAGUUAUGGCGGUGCUGACUUUUACUUUUAAACUCCAGUUCAUUACAAAUUAACAAAUCACUGUAACUUUUAUAAUUCUUACUAUUCAAAUACUAUUGCAGUUGGCGUUGGCAGAAAAUAAUACAAGACAAGAGCAUGAGUUUAAUGUGUCAACAAAACAGUUACCUUAAAGAAGUGAGAUAAUAUAACUAUGCUACAUAUUUUUUAAACUUAGUUAAGUUAGUUAUUAAUGGCUUCCACUAUUCUAUUCGGACCUGGUAUCAGAAAUGAGAGGUUGGAAUUUAUAGUUUAUUAAAAAAUAUUUAAAAUAUUAUUGUUGGGUUUGUAAGAUAAAAUUUGGUAUGGCAUGAAAGAUAAUUGAAUGGACUAUGUGUUUGUAAACUUAAGUCUUCAGCUUAACUGAACUAAUAUAAUAUAAACAACCACAAAUGACAUCCGAAUAGUAUUUAGUCUAAUGGGACCUGGGUCCGAAUAGCGGCGAUGCAUGUCCGGGUCCAUAAUCUAAACCCCCACCCCUUGUCAACAAUUGUCAAACAUUUCCAAACCCUCUUCCCCUCCCGCUUAUUUUGUUGACAUAAUUAAUGGACGACCCCUAUGAAUAAUACCGGUACUCAUUAAAUUGAACAUUUAGCAUUUAUUGAAUCUUUCAAAACUGUCUGAACAAUUUGGUUUAUUUUUUUCCACUUACAUUAUUUCUUUCUAUUUCUAUAUUAUAGUUUCACACUAGGGUAAAAAGUUGUACCCCAGCUUCUGGUACAGUGUUGUUAGAAAAUGGGAAAAAAGAUAAAGUUCAAGGCUAUGAAGUGAUACUAGAUGAUACAAUUCUUUUCCCAGAAGGUGGAGGCCAGGUUUGA